AUGUCUGACUGGGACACGAGCAGCGACGAGGAUGCCGGCGGGCCGGGCUGGCCGCCCUCUUCUAGCCGCGCCUCCGUAGAGGGCGGCGGGGGACGAAGGAGCGCUGAGUGGCGGUGGGAGGCGGCGGUCGGCCUCGGAGAGGAAGAGCGGGGGCCUCGAGGCGCUGGAGGCUCCUGCGGCCCGCGGGAAGCGGCGCGGCAGCGGCCGCCCCGAGUCGCCGCCGGCCAGGCUGGGGACGCCGUGGCGCCCCUCUGCUUCCACCUCGAUAACGCCCUGGUCGGGGCUCUCAUAGGUCGGGGUGGAGCUAAAAUAAGAGAACUUGAGGAUUCUUCGGGUUCCAGGAUAAAGGUUAUAAAGGGAACCUAUGAAGCUGAAGUAAAGAUUUUUGGCAGUGUUGCUGUGCAAAACAAAGCCAAGAUGUUGAUUGACGACGCUGUUAUGAGAUCUGGACAAAACUACAUUAGAGGAAAAAUCUUGGAUAUUAUCAAGCCUGAAAAUAACCCAAAGAAACCAGUGAUUAACUGGGACUCUCUUCGAGAAAACAAAGCUAAAUAUGAAGCUAUGAAGUGGGCAGACUUGCCUCCAAUUGAGAAAAACUUCUAUAAAGAAUCAUCAAGGACUGCAUCUAUGUCACAAGAAGAAGUGGAACUAUGGCGGAAAGAAAAUAAUAAUAUAAUCUGUGAUGACUUAAAAGAAGGUGAAAAACGCUGCAUUCCCAAUCCUGUUUGUAAAUUUGAAGAUGUAUUUGAGCAUUAUCCUGAUAUUAUGGCUAAUAUUAGAAAAGUUGGUUUUCAAAAGCCUACACCAAUUCAGUCCCAGGCAUGGCCGAUCAUACUCCAAGGAAUUGAUCUUAUUGGUAUAGCACAGACUGGUACCGGGAAGACAUUAGCCUACUUAAUGCCUGGAUUCAUUCACUUGACUUCACAACCAAUAUCCAAAGAUCAGCGUGGGGGGCCAGGAAUGUUAGUCCUUGCUCCCACCCGAGAACUGGCACUUCAAGUAGAGGCAGAAUGUUUGAAGUACACGUACAAAGGAAUUAAAAGUAUUUGCAUAUAUGGUGGUGGGGACCGAAAAGGACAGAUAAACAUGGUUACCAAAGGUGUGGAUAUUGUUAUUGCUACUCCUGGCAGACUGAAUGAUCUUCAGAUGAACAACUUCAUAAAUUUGAAGAGCAUAACAUACUUGGUUUUAGAUGAGGCUGACAGAAUGUUGGAUAUGGGAUUUGAACCUCAGAUAAUGAAGAUCCUAAUAGAUGUGAGGCCUGACAGACAAACUGUUAUGACAAGUGCUACUUGGCCUGACGGUGUUCGUCGCCUAGCAAAAUCUUAUUUGAAAAAUCCUAUGAUUGUAUAUGUUGGCACUCUUGACUUAGCAGCAGUAAAUACGGUAGAACAGAGAGUUAUUGUUAUCGCUGAGGAGGAAAAGAAAGCUUUCAUGCAAUAUUUCAUUGACUCUAUGAAGCCAAAAGAUAAGGUCAUCAUUUUUGUGGGAAAAAAACUUACAGCUGAUGACUUAGCAAGUGACUUUGGUCUCCAGGGAAUUCCAGUACAGUCGCUUCAUGGUAACAGGGAACAGUGUGAUCGAGAACAGGCUUUAGAUGACUUCAAGAAAGGCAAAGUCAGAAUACUGGUAGCUACUGACUUGGCAUCCCGUGGCCUUGAUGUGCAUGAUAUUACUCAUGUUUUUAACUUUGACUUCCCUCGCAACAUUGAAGAAUAUGUUCAUAGAGUAGGUCGUACUGGAAGAGCAGGACGUACUGGGGAGGCAGUAACGCUUGUCACUAAGAGUGAUUGGAGGGUUGCAUCUGAGCUGAUUGAGAUUCUGGAAAGAGCAAAUCAAGUAGUUCCUAAUGAGCUUAUUGCAAUGGCAGAAAGAUACAAACAAUUUCAAAUCAGAAAAGAAAUUGAAAAGGAUAUACGAAGACCUCAGAGAAAGCCCUCAAAAGAACUGGAUUAG